CUUCAUUUGAUGGGUAGCGGCGGCAGCCAGAACAACGAUGGUACUGAGGGGGAGGUUGAUGAUUCUGAGGAGGUGGAGGACGUGGAGGCCGCAUUCGAGUUGGAAACCCAGUCGUCUUCUCCCAGCACGAGCACCCAUCACUCAAUGACCACCAUCUCUCGUCAAUACUUCGGAGGCGAUUCUUCCGCUGACAAUCACACCUUUUUUAUCGACAUCAUCGAGAACAUACGUGAGGACUACGGGAUGUUCGUUUGGCCGUGCAGCAUAGUUCUUUCUGAGUAUGUAUGGCAACAGAGGUCGCGAUUCUCUGGCGUUUCUGUUCUUGAGUUAGGUGCCGGAACUUCAUUGCCUGGUCUGGUAGCUGCCAAAGUAGGAGCAAAAGUCACCUUAACAGAUAAUUCCAAGCAUGCAGAGGUGCUAGAGAAUAUGAAAAGGAUCUGCGAUCUCAAUAAACUCAACUGUGAAAUUAUUGGCCUCACCUGGGGAGAAUGGGAUGAGUCCGUGUUUAAUCUUCACCCUCAGAUAAUGCUUGGAGCUGAUGUGCUCUAUGAUUCAUCUGAUUUUGAUGAUCUCUUUGCUACUGUGGCCUUUCUUCUGCACAGUUGUCCUGAAUCAGUGUUUAUAACAACAUACCAAGAUAGAAGUGGUCAUCACUUGAUCGAAUUUUUGAUGGUGAAGUGGGGAUUGAAAUGCUCAAAACUUCUGGAUGGCUACUCUUGCAUCCCACCGCAAAAAGUUUGUGGCAUGCCAGGAAUCAUUCAUUUGGUUGAAAUAGUGCUGAAUAACCAGGAUUCAUCAUAAUUCCAGUUUUGGUUCUUGGCGCAUGGCAACUCCCUAUAAUGAAGCUACCGCACAAGCCGUCUGGAUUGCGAAAGCUUGCAAAAGCAAUUUCAUCGAUAACCUUCUUCCCUGGGCACUUCAAAUGAGCCAUUUGCCUACUAUCUUGGACAGAUUGGACCUGAGUAUGCUUUGAGAUAGGCUGUCCAGGGUAAUACUGAGAGAAGAAGGUGCAAAUAUUGUCCCUCUACACUGUCAUGAUAACUAUUUCUCUAGCGUUCCUCCACUCUCCUCGAAGACGAUCAUAAGGUUGUCUUUGGGCUUCAACUAGGAUCGUGGAACAUGAUACCUGAGAUGACAAGAAUGCAGCCAGUGGUUCGUCUUUAAUCCUCAUGGUAUUGUCCAACAUGUGAUGUUGAAGUACCGUCUAAUUACUUACACUGAUUGUGAAGGGUCUCCUAGAGGAUUCUGGUAGGAAACCCAAUAACGACCAAUGCUCUGGCCAUUGAUCCACACCAUUCCCUUACCCAUUGAUGUCAUAUCCAGUGCAAUAGGGUCCAUUCCUGAAGGAGCAUCAAAGUAUCUCUGGAAAUCAGUGAUUUGGGUUACUUCCAACUAUGCUACUAGGUAAGUUUAUUCCUUGCAUGGGUUAAUGUUCCUUGUACCAUGUGAUUUGCAUAUGAUUCUGAGCCUCUGUCCGCUGAACACUUAUUGCUCCUUCCUCAUUGAAUAUUUCUAAUUUCUCUCCGACUAACCCAACCUGUGACAGGUUGAAUUAAUGUCGGCUUUUAAAUUUCAUAAAUCUGAAAUGGGAUUAUGUAUA